AUGGCGAGAAGUAACACUCUCUCCCACGCCUUCCGCCUGGCCACCAUGAAAGGCCUAGCCCUUAUUUGCGGAGUUCUCUUUUUGAAAGCCGCGAAGGCAUCCGCGGGGCAGGUAAUGCCAGUGCCAGAGAGCGACAUUAGCUGGGGUUCUGCCUUCGUGGGCACUUUGUUUAUGAUCAUUUGCUCGGAGUUGGGCGAUAAGACCUUUUUAAUUACGGCAGUCCUUUCCAUGCGCUGCACCAAGGUGGACAGCUCUAAGAAGUUGCGUCCAAAUGAAAAGCGGCCAGGGAGCCGCUGGCAUGUUUUCGCCGGAGGGUUUCUCGCACUUGUGGUGAUGACCCUCAUGGCUGCCGCAGGAGGACAAGUGCUGCCUUUGUUGCUUAAACAAGAACUACGCACUAUUUUUAUGGUCUGUUUGCUUGUUAUUUUCGGCGCCAAAAUGCUGCACGAGGCGGCGGUCUACGAAGAAAACUCCGACGAGCCGGAGGAGCUGAAGGACUUGGCUCAAAGCGAAGAAUCUAUGAGCCAGUCUCGGCUGUUUGUCCUUGCUCGCAGUUUUUUCAGUCCGGUGUUCAUCCAGGCUGCGUCUUUGACCCUUAUGGCGGAGUGGGGCGACCGUUCACAACUCGCAACUUUUGCGCUUGCGGCCGACAGGAGCGCGUCUGCUGUGUGCCUUGGCGCAAUUCUUGGCCACGGGCUGUGCACCGCUCUGGCAGUCGUCGGGGGAAAUGUCUUGGCGAAAAGGAUAUCAGAGCGUGUAGUUUUGGUGCUCGGAGGGAUCUGCUUCCUGUCCUUUGCUGCCUUCACCGCCGUGGGCGAACUGUACUUCCACGGCGGCGCCGCUAGUUCUUGA